AUGGGAGUAUCCAUAAUCACGAGCGACUUGCCUCUACCACUACCUACUGCAACUACCAAUCCUACUACUACUACAACACCACCAACACCAACAUCAAGUAGUCUACGGUCAAGUGGACUCAGUCCACCCCAAUGGCGCCCGGAUGCCGCCAGUGCCUCGUGUCUCUGCUGCGGCAACACCUUUUCCAUCUGGACCCGACGUCGACAUCACUGUCGGGCCUGUGGCGAGCUCGUGUGCGGCGAGUGUUCGCCCUUUUCAGUGCGGCUCCCGGAGCUCGGGUACAAGGGCCGCGUGCGCGUGUGCACGCACUGCCACGCGCUGGCUGAGGUUCCUACUACCACCACGACAACAAUGGCCUCGUCCGGCUCCAUGGCGUCGUUGUCCGGGUUGGAGUCAGCAGCUGUGUCCAGCGAAUCGUCCGAGAACGAGCAAGUGGGCGACGUCCAAGAGGAGCUCAUUUUCUGUGCAGUGGACGUGCUGACGCAGACGUCCCGCACGAAACGGUCCAAGGUCCAGUACCAGUACUUUGUGCAAUCCGAGGCCGUGAGCUGGCUCAUGGAUGCCGGCAUCAUGUCCAAUCGCACGGGCUGCGCGGCGCUGUUCUUGCGCCUGGUGGACUAUGGCUACGUGACGCUCAAGCCGUGGACCGGAUCGGGUCGCAGUGCCUUUUAUAUCCUCAGCGACGAAGUCACGCUUGAGAACUGCGUGUCGCACUAUGGCACGACGAUCCACUCGGAGACGAGCAAGUGUCACAAUUGCACCCAGUCGUUCCAGAAAGCUCUUGCUCCAGCCGAGAGCUUUUGCUCGAUUGACUGCAAGACGAACGCACUCAUCAGCCAGUCGGACUCGGCGCGUGUCCGCCGCUUUUGCAAUUGA